UCUGAUUCGGCUUGGCCGCAUUGCUUUCCGUAGCAUUCGGCUAAACGAUGGCGUCUAGUCUGGAUGUCCACGUCCGAAUAUGUAGACAGGAAAUAAUUAAAUUCGACUUAGAAAUUAAAGCUCUCAUCCAGGACAUAGGGGAAUGUCGGGGCCCACAAAGCGAACUCACGGAUUUAAACGCGACGCUGAAGGAGAAAUUCCGUCACCUGAGAUCGCGAAUUCAGGAUCUGGAGCAAAUAGCGAGGGAGCAGGACAAGGAGUGUGACAAGCGGGCCAUAAUGGGAGAGGUGGAAGGGCACAGGAGACAGAUGCUGAGCGACCAGACCUCGUGGAGGAAGGCUAACCUGGCCUGUAAGCUGUCCAUCGACAGUCAGGAGAAGGAGGCGCUGGUUCACGGAGGAGGCCCGUCCGUGAGGAGAAAGAUGACCAGAGAGAGCCUGGUGCAGACCUCCAGUGACAUCACAGAGAACCUGAUGAGCAUCAGCCGGAUGAUGUCACAGCAGGUGCAGCAGAGCGAGGAGACCAUGAGCUCGCUGGCCACGUCCUCCCGCACGGCCCUGCAGACCAGCGAGGAGUUCCAGGCCAUGUCGGGGACCAUUCGGCUGGGCCGCCGUCUCAUCAGCAAGUACAACCGCCGUGAGCUCACGGACAGGCUGCUCCUCCUCCUGGCGCUCGCGCUCUUCCUCGCCACCGUGCUGCACAUCCUGAAGAAGCGCCUCUUUCCCUUCCUGUAGAGGACCCCCAACCCCGAGUCUGUCUCUCUCUGAGGAGCUGCUGUUCCAGCCUGCUCGCUUUGGAUAAAAGCCCCUUUUUUGGGAUUGUUUGUGGACGUUCCGGGCUUUUAAGAGAUCCGUUCCAGGCUUUUAUAGAUCCAUUCCAGGCUUUUAAGAGAUCCGUUUCAGGCUUUAUAGAUCCAUUCCAGGCUUUUAAGAGAUCCAUUCCAGGCUUUUAAGAGAUCCAUUUGUGUGUUCUUCAGGGAUGUUCUUCAGGCUGUUCUCUGCCCAGCGUCCAUCUUCACAGUGGCUUCCGGGAGGUUCUCUGUUGUGUGGGGUGAUUUGGCAUUGCCUGCGUUUGCUCUUUCAUUGGCCGUAUUCCUCAGGUGCCGUCUUACCCCCCCGAGAUCAUAUUACUGACUGCAGGUGGGAGGGGUUUGGCUCAGGAAGUGUAGCAGGUCUGGAGGCUGAUUGGUUAUGGUACGUUAGCCCUUUAACCUCUCAGCCAAUCAGAGAGUGGAAGGGUGAGACCUGAGGGUCAUUGGAGCUUCUCCAGGAAGUAAAUAUCAUAGCAGUUGCAGGGUAUCUUUGUUGUACAGGUAGCAGUUGAAAUUGUACUUCCCUCUAGGGUCUUUCAGCGCACUUAUCCCUGGUUAUGGGUAUGCACUUUGUUGUACGUCGCUCUGGAUAAGAGCGUCUGCCAAAUGCCAUUAAUGUAAUGUAAUGUAAUGCAGCACUUUGAGUUUUUGAGUGAAAAAUGUAUUUAUUUUAUUUUAUUAUUAUGUUUAUUUAUGCAGGGGUAGGUUGACUGAGCAAGCUCUUUUACAACAAUGCACUAAAUGCAAUUCAAUAUUUAAAAACACAAUACGUAGAUGCAUAUGGUACUUGAUUCAUCAGGUCAUGUGAUUGCCAUUGGGUCCUGACAAAUGACCGUACACUUCCACACAGACGAGAAACACACCCAGAUACUGUAGCUAGCUUCCAACUUUGUUAUAUUUGCUGCAUAAUUCAUAAUUAUGUUUUUAAAAGUUUGACAUUAUAAGUUCAAAAUGUACUUAUUUUAUACAUUUUAUUCUGCUUUUGAACUGAUGCUUGCUGAAUGCUAAAAGGGCCACUUUGUCAUCUCUGCUGCUUUGUGAUGUCUUCACUCCACACAGACAGUGUUUUUCCCACGCAGAGAGUGGUCACUGUGUGGAAUAGCUUGCCAGGACAUGUAAUGGAGGCAGAAACACUGGGGGUUUUCAACACCAGGCUUGAUACGGUGCUAGAUACUAUCUAGCUUUCGGGUAAACUAAGCAUUCGGUACACUUUAGUGGUAAGACAAGGCGAGCAUUGCUGGGCUGAAUGGCCUGUUUGUCGUGAGUAUGUUGUGGUUUCUGUACAAAGCUGACCCUGAACUGUGUUAUUCACCCUGUGCUGUGAGGACCGGCCUCCACAGGGCUUCAUUCACUCCCCCCGAGGCUCCCAGCCAAAACCCAAAACCCAAAACCCAAAACCCAAAACCCAAAACCCAAAACCCAAAACCCAAAACCCAAAACCAGCCUGCCCAUCAGGCCAGUGUCUGUGUUCAGGGCAGCACUGGCCUGUGAUUGGCUGGUUAUGUGGAGGGCGUGACAGUAAGCCCCGCCCCUCUCUUUAACAGAGACAAUGCUGGGUGACGGCUGAUUGGUUCAGCUCCAUGUCCGUCAAGCGCCAGGCCCAGUCAUUGUGUACCACUCUCUCUCAUAGCUCGGGCACU